AUGAGAACCGUUUCUGCGGCUGCUAUCAACCACUCCAAUAUCACAGCCUUAUUUUCGACCAAGGUUUCACCGAAGACUGAGAUAUACUUCCCGACCGACCCAGAUUACGCGAAUGUAACUACUCAGCGGUGGUCCGUCUACGAGCAACCUUCCUACGUCGCCUCAAUCAAGCCGGCGUCGGAAUCUGACGUCCAGGCGAUUGUAAUUGUUUUAAAGGUUCGCGUCGCGUCUGCUAACGGGAUUCCGUUCCUUGCCACUGGCGGAGGCCAUGGGCUGUCCGUGACAUUGCACGAAUUGCAGAAUGGAAUUGAAAUAGACUUAAGCGCGUUUAAAAACGUGACGGUAGACCCAGAGGCAAACACCAUUACGGUCGGGGGAGCAAAUGUUUUUGGAGACGUCGUAGAGCCUUUGUGGAAUGCUAAGCGAGAGUCUCCUACGGGCAGCUGCGCCUGCGUGGGCUUUGUUGGAGGCGGUGGAGGGGGCGGUGUUGGCCGUCUUGAGGGCCUCCACGGUCUGGUUGUCGACAACAUGCUCUCCUUCACUGUUGUGACAGCUACUGGUGACCUGGUCACUGCCUCUGCAACUGAGAACCCCGACCUUUUCUGGGCCAUGCGAGGAGCCACACCGAAUUUCGGCAUCGUCUUGUGGGCGACUUACAGGAUCUUCCCGUUGACCAACAAUGGCAACGUACUCAACGCAGACUUUGUCUUCCCAGCGAGUGCCAACAAGAGUCACUUCGAAAUCCUCAAAACGUUUGAGAAAAAUCAACCAGCCGCACUUUCGUUCAUGACUGACGUCCGCUACACUGAAGAGUACAAUGGGACCAACAUUCUCUUCAACGCCGUGUACUACGGUCCGGAGGAAGAAGGCAUAAAAUUGCUCCAGCCGUUUAUUGAUAACGGUCCGAUUACGAAGAACAUCACGAUGACGACGUGGAACAAAAUCAUUGACACUUCUCUUUACGGGCUGUUUGGCGAUGCGCAGUGCGUCAAAGGAAAACAUAUCAACUCGUACACUGUCGACAUCAAGACUAUGGACAUUCCAACCUUUGAGGCACAUUUUUCAAACAUUAGCCGCAUGUUUGAGAACUAUCCGGACACCCGCGCCAGCACAUGGUUUAUUGAAGGACUUCCUCUACAAGCGGCGCGCCAAGCCAACAGUUCAGCCACUUCUUUUCCUCCAGAGCACCGCCAAAGCACCAACUUGCUACUUUGGGGGUACAACUAUGACAACAACGACAUUGAUGAAGAAAUCAAUGAAUUUGCCAAGAAUGCGCGCAGCGAGUUUGCGAAGACGAGCGGCCUCACAGAGCUGGAGGUAUACGUCAGUUACGGACAUGGCGACGAAGGGCCAAAGGCAUGGUAUGGAUCCAGCCUGAAGCGGCUUCAACAGCUAAAGCGCAAGUGGGACCCUAAGAACGUCUUCCACUUCAUGAAUCCCAUUGUGGCGGCGUAA